AACGUCAUUUAUAGGGAGUAAAACCAUAGACAUAGAGCAUGGACUGAGACAUCCAAUAAAAUUGACUAUACCCCAAAUCCAUACUUUUAAACUUAAAAGUAAAUUCCCUAUUCAAAAAUCAAAUCCCCGGACGAGUAAUGUCGUAAAAUAAUAUGAAAAUAAUUAUUAUAAAAUGUUUCUCUUGAGGCGCAAGACUUUUUGGUACCACUUUUGGUCAUUCUCCUUUCAAAGUUUUUAAAGAGCAACAAUUUUUUUUCUUUCCAACCAUAAAUAGUACUUGCAUAAAUAAAGUUUUUGAUAAAAAAAACAAUCUAUUUAUUCGUAAGAAAAAUAUAUAUUUAUUCAUAUAUAAAUAGUAUUUUUCACAGUAAAUUACAAUGUAAUUUCUAUUAUUAUCUAAUUAGAUAAUCACUUAGUAUUUAUGUAAAAAAUUAAAAGAAUUAAACAUUUAUUUACAUUGUAACACUAACUUUUACUUCAAUUUGAUACAACAAUUGAGCAAACAAAUUCAAUGGGAGCUUUGGCUUUGUAUGGUUAUGCAAGUAGAAAAUUUAAACUUUACUAAACAAUGUAUCUUUUACUUUAAAAUAAAAAAUCAAUAACACACAUUUAAGCAAACAAAUUCAAUGUGAGUGUUGUCUUUGCAUGGUUUCAGAAAGUUUGGUUAAAUUUAGCUCAUAACUUGUUUUAAGUUUCAAAUACGACUCUGAAUUUUCAUUUGUUAGUUGGCUUCUUACUUUACUUUUAAUUAUAUUCAUGCAAGAGAACGCUAUCUCGUACGAAUAUGUCGAUCCGAAGAUAGUCAGCACUCCAAAUGCCAACUUCUUCACCUCACUGUAGCAAUCUGGAAGACUAUUCCAUGCGUCGAAUAUAAGUGUCUCAACUCGCGGCAUUUCUUUUAAAGCUGUUAAUUUUUGUUGCGUUACGUAUAUACAUUUCUGGACCUCAAACUCUUUCAACUUGAUUUUUUUAUAGAAGAGGAGACAAAUGAGCAUGCGGCUCACCUGAUGGUAAGUGACUACCGCCGCCCAUGCACAACCGCAACACCAGGGGAAUUGCACAUGCGUUGCCGGUCUUUUAGAAAAGUGUAAGCUCUUUUCAUGAAGGUCCCUAAGUCGUGUCGGUCCGGAAAAAUCGCCGGUGGUAAACAAUUCCACAGAAAAGUUGUACGAGGAAGAAAACUCCUAGUAAAACGCACAGUCGUGGACCGCCAAGCAUCCAGAUGGUUAGGAUGGUAUCGUGAAUUUUGACGCGAUGUGCGUUCGUGAAAUUUAGCAGCUGGAAUUAAUCCUAACAGUUCCUCAGAGCACUCCCCGUGGUAAAUUCGGUAGAAAAGCAAGCGGCAUGAAAUACUGUCUCGCUCUGCUGAGCACGCCAAGCUUUUUAGAGGCCAAUUUGACCUUCCCUUCCAAGUGAUCCCGAAACUGCACACUAUUCGAUAUAUUGACGCCAAGUAUUCCGAUGCUAGCUGAGGCAGCAAAGGGAGUGCCUUGAAACUGAGGAGAUACAAAGGGGUACUUUUUAGCAGUAAACGCGCAAAUUUGUCUUCUGGGGAUUGAACUGGACUAGAUUUAGUCACCCCCAAUCCGAGACUUUGUUCAGCAAAGACUACUUCAGACACAAGUUUGUCCCGGUACUCGGCGACGUUUUCCCGAGAAAUAUUGGCAUGGCUGGUAUGUAAGGCAUCACCAGUGCUGUCGUCUGCAAAGCAAUGAAUGUUACCAGUUUCAACUUUAGAAAUUGCAUUUCUAGAGAUCCAAUAUCAACUCCAAGUGGAUCGAUUUUUAAAUGUUUUUUUUUUUUAAAUAAAAUAAACAAUAUUUGCGUAUAAAACUAAAGGGCCGCAGCUUCACAUCCAAAGAGCCGCAGGUUGCCGUCCCCUGGUCUAGGUCUCUCUACUUUUGAUGAUCUGUACUUCCAAAUAAGAAGUUAAAAAUAAAUUGAGAUUAUAUUUAAUAUUGUUUAUGAUGAUACUAUAUUUUUACCAUCUUUCGGGGCUGAAAUCUCUGACUGAUAAUUUUCUAACUGAAAAAAACAAGUAUUAAACUUAUAUCCUUCUUAUACAUCAGUAUAUUUUAUUAAUAAAAGUAAAUUUCAUUUUCAGAUCCCGUUCUCGUCGCUCUUCGCGUAGCCGUUCACGCUCUAAAUCACGACCAAAGAGCAAGAGUCCAGUUGCCAAAUCUCGUUCCAGAUCACGAUCAAAGGAGCGAAGCCGUUCCAAGUCAGCUUCCCGGUCCCCGUCGCGUAAGUCCGACCGCCGCGAGAGAUCAGCCUCCAACAAGUCGAUUGACAGGAAUGGGCGCCGUUCUACAUCCAGGUCAAAGUCCCGCUCGCCUAAAGACUCCAAGGAGAGGUCACGAUCACGAAGCAAAGACGGAGCAUCACCCAAACGUGAGGAGGAACGUCGGGCCAGCAAGUCCCGUUCCCGCUCGCGCUCUCGGUCCGGGUCUCGCGACCGCUCCGCUUCCCGCUCGCGCUCGCGCUCACGCUCGCAGUCGGGCUCGCCGCGACAGAACGGAGACGGCCGAGACCGCGCCAGCACAGAUCGCUCCCCGCGCAGCGGAGAUUAGCUUUAAGAUAUUUCUUAGAUUUAAUGUUAGUUUUACGAUCUCUUGUGGCUUCAAUCAUUUCUGUUGUCAAAAGCCCUGUGCAUGUGGAUACUUAUUGUGCGAAAUAAGAUUAAGUGCAAUAUGAAAGCCGAUUUUAUGUUAGUAUCUAUCAUAUUUUUUACAUAUGAAACGGGAGUCUUAACACAGUUUCGUGAAUGUAUAUUGAGCUUUUAAUUUUCAUUAAUGAAAUUUAUUAACAAACACCAACCUAAAAGGGCUUUUUUAUUUUACUCCUUAUUUAUUUUAUUCCAAAAAUGAACGACAUAUUCUUGCUACAGUUAUUCGUAGUUUACUACGAAUAAUUGUUACAAUAUAUUAUAUGUCUACAUGAUUUCCACAUCGAAAUCAUUCAUAUUAAGUAUCCUCAUGCGCAUAUUAAUUAGGUGUCUUAGGGAUCGCGGUUAUAAUGUAAGAGUUAAUACCCGCACCGUGUUUGCGGUUCUUUUUGUCAUUUACACAAGAACUGUCGUUUUUAACGUGACGUUUCACAGUUUUCAAAUGGCACUAGUGUAUUAAAUAGUAUUUGAAUAAGUACCUAAAGAAAUUUUGCUCGGAGAACUCAUUAUUAUUCUACUCUAAUAUUUUGUUUUUAUAAUAAUCCUUUUCAUCUUGUUGAUACGUGUUUUUUUUUUAUUAAUUAAGUUAAAAUGUUUGCGUAUGAAAAAUGCAUUUAAAUUUUUCAUAAAUCUUAAAUUAAAAAAAAAAACAAGGUCUAAUGUGUUCUAUGACAAAAAGUACUCUGUAAAAUGACAUAAAUGCAAAAUUUUUCACCAUGUUUUUGGUGGAUAUAAUAUGUAAUAUUUUGCUUAGACAUCCUAUUUUAUUUAGGUUUAAUGGUAUUUUUUGUAAAUACUUAAUUUGUUAGUCGCCAAAUAAUUAAAAUAAAUUAUAAGAUUAC